AUGCUGCAUAACAUGUGCUGCGGCAUCUUGACUGCUGGGCAUUUGGUGCUCAUAGAAAACAUGGGAGCGUGGUUCGUUCCAUACACAACCAUCCAGUUGUUGAAGCGGUCCACGGUCUCGUUUGCCAUGCAAGAUGAUCGCAACCUGGUGAAGUUGGCGUCGGGGCAGAUCCAGCUCAGCAGUGUAGUCGAAGGUCUUGAGGAGGAUGCUCUGGAGUAUCUCUUCAUCAAUCCGCUCGCAACAGCAUCCCACGACUAUGUCAGUACACACGGCUAUAUCAAGGCAAGCUUUGGCAACCUGGCGGUGUACUUGGCAUGGACCUGUGUGUCUUGGUUCGUGGUGUUUCAAACGCUCAGUGUCUUCUGUCUAUUUUGGGAAGGUGCUGCAGACUACCGUGCAGGAACUUACUUGGCAUUCACGUGGCGCAUGAGGAGGUCGUGCGUUUACAAGCUGAUGGUUGGGGGGCUGCUAGUCAUUUCCAUGAUUCUUUUCGGAUCUUUUGGCCUCUAUCUUGUGGUUUUCUCCAGAAGAGACUUGCUUUGGACAACACUGCAACCUUUGAUCUCGGACUACGCCAUGUGGUGCUAUGGACUCUACAAGCUCAUUGACCACGUGUCGCCACCAUUUCAGUGGAAAUCAAAGAAGUUUCAUGACUUGAGCUUCAACCGUCCUUUGCUAUGGCUUCGCCACAACAAUGACCAAUUUGCCUUGAGGCUUCAGUGGGCCUUGCUGUAUUCACAACGUCGACAAGAUGUUCCGGACGCGAAGAUCUUGGACCUGGACGAGCGCACUGCAGGCGUGAGGAAGAUUUCCAGAGUCUUGUUGUCAUCAGAUUGCAAUGAGUCUAGCGAGGAAGAGCCUGACAGUCCAACUUUGCAUGCCUUUGCACCCUAUGUGCCGGUUAGUCAAGAAGAUGAGCUGGAUGAAGCUUGCGGAGACGCGGUGACUUGUUGGGAGGCCAAGCCUGCGUAG